CCAGGCUGCUGCCCGGAAUUUCUGGCACCUUUACAGCUUCUUUUUCUUUUUUCUUUUAUCUUUCAUUGCACAAUCCCUGAGUCAUGAUUCUCUGGGAGCUUCAGAAGCUGCCCCUCCUGCAGCAUCUCUACACCUGCCACAUCAGCAGAAGCUAGCCCAAGUGGCUCAGGAUGCCCCCAAGACCGGCAUCCUCUGCCCUCCCACUUCAGCCAGGAGCUUUUCCUUUCUUCUUCCCCCCAUCUCUCCCCCCUUUCUAUGCCACACCAGAAGGAACUCCCUGCCUAGUUUGGGUGGCGUUGCUCUGGCACAAGCGAGGCUGAGGGUCGCUGUACUGAAACGGCCGCCGGCUGCUUCCCAGAGAGUGGAUGUUGGAGCCCCAUCACCUCCUGCGUCUGUGAAUUCCUUCCCGAGAUGCCUGAAGCAGGCUUGGACUUGGAGGACACAGGGAGUGUUGGUGGGAGAGGCCUGUCCCUAAAGCCAGCCCAGCUAAAUUGGCAGCAAGAUUCCAGCUCCCCGUAAGGGAAAGUAGCCUUUCCUUGAUCAGCACGAAAUCUUCCCUCCUGCCGCUUCAGCAGUGACUCCACCUUUGCCUGUGAGAAAGAAUCUUCUCUCUGGCCACCCCUCGCCUGAUUUCCCUGCUGCCCUUCCAUCCUCGGCACUAACGGGUUCGAGCCACCGCCUAUCUAACCAUCCCAACCCCCCUGUAACCACUGGAGAGAAGUUAGCUUGCCCGCUGCCCUGCGGGGGAUUCAGGGCCAGGAAGGGCCAAGCUGCGCAGGGCUUCCUUCCUAUUCUACGAAACAGAUAAAGGUACAGUCACGCCUACCCCUGGGAGGAAUUUUCGCCCCAAAAACCUUCCCUCGGCUAUCUUGCUUGGAAGUUCCUAAGGCCGAAUUCUGCCAACAGAAAGUUGGUGGGGCAGACUGUGGAAAGACUCCGUCCCUGCCGGGGCUGCCGGCUGCUGGAAGGGGCGGCCCGUGCGCGGAGCCCGAAGAGGCAACUGCGGCGGUCGGUGGCUAAAGCAACUUCGGCAGUCGGAGACUGCGGCGUCAACGGGAGAGGAGAGAGGCGGCCGAGUAGUUGCCGAGAUGGCCGUGGGCUGGCUGGGAGUCGUCUUGCUGGGACUCCAGCUGUGCUCUCGGACACUGGCCUUGGAGGUGUCAGUGGGCAAAGCACCUGUCAUUUAUGCCAAGAAUGGCACCAAUAUGCUACUGCCCUGUACUUUCACCUCCUGCAUCGGCAUUGAGAAAGCCACCUUCGUAUGGAGCCACAAUCAGACCGAAAUAUUCAAAGGGCUCGUAAAGAACAAAGACUCCAAGCCGGAGCCUCAUCCAGACUACAAGUUCAGCCUUAAGCACAUGUUGCCACCUGACCUGCCCCUCAGCAAGGACAACCGGGAGUUCAACGUUUCCCUCUUGCUGCUUGAUGCCGACUUCGAGGACUCCGGGCCGUACACCUGCUUGGUCAAGAAUCCCAAAGAGAAGGACGCCAACCACAGUGGCACCGUUACUCUCAAAGUGGUGGUGAAGUUGGAGAAGGUUGACAACACACUGACACGGAUCAUUUUGUCUGUUGUGGGUGGCAUCAUUGGGCUCAUCAUCCUCAUCAUGGUGACCAAGAAACUGGUCCUCUUCAUCCUCAAGAAGACGCGGAAACAGAAGGAGUGCCUUGUGAGCUCUUCAGCAAAUGAGAACACGGAGAAUGGGCUGCCGGGCUCCAAAACAGACUCUAAAUCGGCCCCAAAGGCCUGACUCCAUGAGGUGCAGAUUUCUGGGCUCCAAACCCUCCAGGUUGAUCUGCUGGACUCCACCAAGGGCAGGAGAAGACCCCCUUUCAAGCCUCCGAUGCUUGAGACACAACUAUGUUACUCAACUGGCUGCAAACAAGCGCUGCUUCUUGGGAGAAACUGCAGAGGCGGAUGACAAGCCUGGCAUUGCGCAUGUCUGGAGGGCGAAGGGUUCUGGACUCGGGCAGAGGUUCAGUUUCAAGAAGCCCUGCAGCUGCAGGGAUACAGCAGAUGGGCACUAGGCCAAGGGCCUGGUUCUCCUUCUGGCAAUCAAACCCCAUCAGCAUCGGGGAGUGGGGUGGAGGCUCUGCCUCGCUCCCUCAGAAGGCAGCGGAGGAAGGGACGACCGAAAGGGCAGGGCGAGAAGCUGGCUCUCCUUGACCUGCAUCGAGUUCAUGGUCGUCUGCAUCGUCCUCUCCAGGGGCUCUUUGGCGUUUCAGGAUGGGGGCCGGCUGCAUCUGGACGCGGGUCUUUCUCCAGGCCUCCUCCUGGCAAGACGGCGGAGCAGAUGUGCAGCAGUGCCUCAAGGGAUGGGGGCUGGAGGGUCUCCUUUGCAUAGCCUCGUGGUUUUAGGCUGCCCUUGUUCAAGGAGAAUGCCCAAGGGCUGCCCUGCCAUGCUGCCGUUUCUUCCCCUCAGCUUCUCUCCGUUACUUGCAUGCCCGUCCCCUGGUGUCCUCCUUGCCAGGGAGAGGGCCCCGACAGGAGCCUUUCGCCUGAGCACGACAAGAGCAGCAUUUCUAAGGCCUUGUCACUAAAUCCCCCCCUCCUGGCCCAAUUUAAUACCCCAAAGAGCACAUUCCCUGUCGGCUGCCCGGGUGAACAAGAUGCCAGAUUGGUCAGGUGCCAACUCAAUAUGGUUGAGGAGCCGCUGCAUCCUGCUCACCCCGGCACCCCCUCCCUCCCCUGGCUCCCUGCAACUGGCAGCCUUCCCCCCCCCCACACACGACUAGCAGCCAGGCCCAAGGAUGCCCAGAGACCUCAGGCCAUUUCCGCACCCUGCUUAAUUGCUCCUCUGCUGGAGGCAACAAGUCUUCAGCUUUUCUCAUUCAGUCUGAGGUUUCAGGGGAAUCAUUGCCAGGCGUAGCUGUUGUGAUUGCAAAGAGGUGCCCCCCUCCAAUACGUGUGUCAGCUGCAUUCACUACCAAACAUAUGAGGUGUCUCCCCCCCCACCCAAUACAUACGGGGUCUUACGCCCUUGUGCAGAAAAAAAGCCUUUCACAGCAAGCUGAAUUAACCCGAGUGGUGAUGGGCAGAGGAAUCAGGAAUCUCUGGUCUCUUCGCUCUUCUGGAAGAUAAUAGGAAAUGACCUCAUAGGAGGGAAAUGGGUUCACCCGAAGGAUUCCAACAGAGACUCUGCCACUUCCACCCUCCCUGCCUGGCUACAGGAGGCCAAAGGCCCAUCAGGCUCCCUCUGCGUCUUCCCGGGGCUGGGAGCUCAAUAAUGUAAUGCCGAAAAUAAACCCAGCAGAGAAAAUGGAGGCUGCUGCACGCUUUCCCCACCCCGUCCUCUCUCUGCCCAAUCAUUUCAGGCUCACACCGACACCAAGGCAAGGCCCUCCGCGAGCCACCCUUAAACCAACCCCUUGGGUGAAGAAGCCCAAGAGUGGCUUUCCAGCUCCACUGGCCCUGGGAAGGGCCCCCUUUGCCCAAGGACAAGAAGGUAGCCCAAAUGGCCAGCCAUUCUGAAGAUUCUGAAGACUUCCCUCCUUGUAGCCCCAACCUCCAUAAAAAUCCUGGCUGCCCCAUAGUUUGGGGCCCCUCUUUCUUGUAAUGCAGACACUCAGCAAUCCUUGCAAUAAAGACAGUUCUUCUC